GCCCUCCCUUACUCUCAUCUUACGUCUAAACCCAGCAGCUUGUGAUUGUAGCACGUCACGGAACCUUCGCCGGAUACGUACCGUGGACUAUUAUACGGAAAUGCUCACUAUUGUCCGUAGGAUGCAAAGCCACUAUUGAUCUCAGUCUGCCUAUUGCUCAUGCACCCUCCCUCUCCCCCUCGCUCCCCAUCACAGACACACACAUACACUCACACACUCACUCACGCUUCCUACCUCCCAUCAGCAUCCCUGGGCUUUCUUGGACUGCAGCAGAGAAACCGCUGCAUCGAAGAAGACAAGAGGAGAAAAAAAAUAGAAAAAAGAAAAAAGAAAGAAAGAAUUAAUCUAGGCUCGUUGCUCACUACCUCCGUGGCCGUGUAGAGACGCAAAUCAAGGAACGGACACUUCAGAGUCUUCGAGUUCGUUUCGAUGCACUAGAAAUUGUAAGCAUUUAUUGAUUUGUCUCACUGAAUAUCAGCAACUAUAAGUUCAUCUCCUCCGUCACCCACGCUUUAGUCUGGAUAACUGUCAUUAACGGUUUCCUCUUCUGAGUGGUCACUGGACUUUGAAUCUUGCCAGUCUGAGAUCAACUGUCUUCUCUUCAACACUGUCUAGUUACUGCAAUCCAAUGGAAUUAGACACCAUUACUUAAUUGCUAGUCUUCUGGCAGUUGGGUGGUAUUUCAGGGGUAAUAAAUUAGCAUAAAUCUUGCUCUGUCUGGGAAUAGAAGAUAGAAAAACAACCAAGUAACUUAUAUUUAUUGCAUCUGGUGGAAUAAAAGUGGACUAAAGCUGAAUUUAGUGCUUGUUACUCUCGUGCCAAGAUGGAGGAAACGCAUAACAACAGGACUUCCUUGGUCAGAGGUGCCAAGGACAUCGCUAAGGAAGCCAAAAGGCAAGCUGCCAAAAAUUUCAGCAAAGCUGUUGAUCGAGCCUCUGAUGAAUACUCAGCCCAGCGCAGCUACAAUCGUUUUCAAAAUGAGGAUGAAGAAGAGAACAACUACAACAGUUAUACUCAACAAGAUGGUCUUUAUGCCGACAAUGCAAGCAAUGAAGAGGACGGGGCCUCUAGUGAUGCCACGGAGGGUCACGAUGAUGAAGAUGAGAUCUAUGAGGGGGAGUACCAAGGAGUGCCUGGAUACAAUGAUGGGAAGCCACGGGAUGGUCAGGUUGCUCUGGGCCAGCCAGUGUCUGACAGCCUAAAGAGCCGCAAGGAACUAGAAAAUGAGAGACAAGCAGAUGAGGAAGAGCUGGCCCAGCAGUACGAGUUGAUCAUGCAGGAGUGUGGCCAUGGGAGAUUCCAGUGGCAGCUGUUCUUUGUUCUAGGUCUGGCACUCAUGUCCGAUGGAGUGGAGGUGUUUGUAGUGGGCUUUGUCCUUCCCAGCGCUGAGACAGACAUGUGUGUUCCCAACUCUGGUGCUGGAUGGCUUGGCAGCAUUGUGUAUCUGGGGAUGAUGUUUGGAGCCUUUUUCUGGGGUGGCCUCUCAGACAAAGUGGGCCGCAGACAGUGCCUGCUUAUAUCCAUGUCAGUCAACGGCUUCUUUGCCUUCCUUUCCUCCUUUGUCCAGGGCUACAGUAUGUUCCUCUUCUGCCGCAUGGUGUCUGGCUUCGGGAUCGGUGGAGCAGUACCGAUAGUAUUCUCAUACUUUGCGGAGGUGUUGGCUCGCGAGAAGAGAGGAGAGCAUCUGAGCUGGCUGUGCAUGUUCUGGAUGAUUGGAGGAAUUUAUGCCUCAGCCAUGGCCUGGGCUAUCAUCCCACACUAUGGUGAGUGACAAGAUGUACCACUUCUAAAAAAGGUUGCAUUAACAUGACAGCAAAGCAGCACUAAAGGGAAAUCAUUAAAGUGAUCGAAGAAAUUUGCCAUAAAAAUGUUAAAGUUUAUUAUUACAUUUUCCCACCUCAUAAUAUUGCUCCUUUAUUUUAUAUUUUUGCUUUUUUUUUUUUAAUAUUAUCAAGUUGGUAGAGUUUACAAUGAACAGAUAACCCAACCAGAUUUAGGAAGUAAUUCCAAUUCAAUGCAAUUCAAUUCAGUUAUCUCAAGGUCUUUUAUAUUGUAAGGUAGAGACUGUGUCAAUAGUACAGAGAAAAUCCCAACAAUCAGACGACCCUCUGACCACUUAACGAAGGUUGGAUGGAAAAACUCCCUUUUAACAGGAGGCGGUCAUCGUGUGACUGGUUCUGGGAAGAGGGAAGGAGACAGGACAGAAGUUAGGUGAGAUGAUCGCAGUGAAGAAAGGCCAGAUGUUUUAACAUUGAGUCCAAUGUGGACAUACCCUGAACUGGGAUUUGUUUCAAUGGCCAGCAGAGGGCAAAUGCUCUGGUUGCCAAAAUGAAACGAUUGUACAGACGUAGAAAGAAAACAGCCCUUGUCUUCCUUAAUUCCUUCCUUAGACACUAUCUCUACUUUUAAGAUUAGGCUUAAAACUUUCCU